UUUUCUUUUUUUCCUUUGGGCUCUGUUCGGACGAGAGGCAAAAGCGAGAGCAGACAUAUCCCUCCUCCUCCUCCUCUGCAUCACGGAGGUAGAACCAACUCCAUAACUCUCAAAGCUGCUUAUUACCUUUACUACCUAGAGUUGUUGGAGAAUGAAGAAAGGAAUACACCCACAGAUGCAGUGGAUCUCUUACGUGACACAGAGCGGUAGAUUGAUGCACGUCAUGAUGACUAGAAUCCACCAUGUUGGCAAAGUCUAUCACUUUGGUGCUAAGCGUCAGUUGGCUCAAAGCAUCGGUCAGAUUGCCAAGUUCAAACGCAGGUUUAACGAGCAAGAGGAAGAACCUACCACCCAUGAGAACAGCAUCCAGAACCAGAGCAAGUAAUCUGUAAUCCAACUCUUGUGUUACCUUUCCUCCAAAAACCAAAGGGCUUUGGACAAUUCAUUUACACAAGCCAACUAUGAACCUUGCUUUGCUUUCUCAUGAUUGAUUUUCACAGUUCUUGAGUCUUCGCUGUUUUGUCAAUAAAGAUCCUAUAUCAUAUCCUU